ACUUGGCCAUUCUAGAAUCACAGUUAGGAAAUCUCAGGCUUGAAUGCUUUCCUCAUUAAGAUAAAAGAGUGUUUAUGAAAAAUGUAUGAGAAUACAAGGGCUUAUAUGUGACAUUUGUUGUUAUUUAUACAAACUUUGCUCAUGAAAAGUUGUUUGUUUUUACAUCAUCACAAAGCAUCUCAACCAGCUGAUGUGUGACAUUUUUUGCUGUUCCGUAGGGUCAAUUGCAGGCUGUCAUGUUAUUCAGUUGUAGACUGCUAGAGACGUUAAAAGCAACUAGAAUGGCUUCCCAGUACUACUCCAUGAAGAACAGAGCUGUUGUUCUGUUGUUGAUACUGGUCUUGCUUUAUCUCCAGAGCUUUUCUGCAUUUGCCUUUGAGUUCCAAGUUGGUGGAGCCCAAGGUUGGGUUGUCCCUCCUGCUAAUGACACCAAAAUCUACAACGACUGGGCCUCAGAAAACAGGUUCCAACCAGGGGACACCAUCCGUUUUAGGUACAAGAAGGACUCGGUUAUGGAAGUGAGAGAAGCAGACUAUAAGAAAUGCAACUCCACUCAUCCAAUCUUCUUCUCCAACACUGGGAACACAGUUUUCAGGUUCAACCACUCAGGUCUGUUUUACUUCAUCAGCGGUGUUUCAGGGCACUGCGACAAGGGACAAAGGGUGAUCAUAAAGGUGAUGGCUUCUGAAGAAUCUUCGUCUUCCCCUGGUGGCAAGUCCUCUGGUUCUCCAGCUGCUGCGGCUUUAUCACUUGGAGUCUCUAAACUUGUCUUUGUUCAGUUUGCUUUAUGUUAUGCUGCUUCUGUUCUUUUCUAGAUUUUUAUGAUUUGGUGUUUUUGCUUGCUUAUAUAUUGGUCAAUUUAGGUUAUAUAUGGGUUCUUAGGAUUGUUGUUUAUUUUCUACCUAUUUCAAGAAAAUGGACUUAUAUAUUUAUGUUUAUUUAUGGUGUGUAAUUUGCUUAGACAAUAUUUGAUUAUUCUAUGAAUUACAUAUUUGAUUUUCCAUCUUCCUUAAAUAAUUAAUCAGUUUU